UGAUUGUUUCUGCCAUUGGAUUGUGCAACCUCUAAAAGGGUCCCCCAUGCAGCUCACCAAGGAAGCGGCACGGCAGAACAGUUCCUAUAAGUGUGUGAUUGAUGAUGACGCAACAAGAUCUCACCAACUCACUGCAAAAACAGACAUCACGCUGGCGUCUAUUGACCUGUUUGAGGUUAGUACAAGUUUAUUGUUAAUUUAAAUGACAAUUUAAAAUAUGAAAUGUAUCUUUGGCUUGUCAAGGGUCGCAAAAGGGGAGAGGAGGGGGGGAGUGGGAGAGGAGGGGAGGGGGAGGUUAAGGGAGUGGGAGGGUGAGGGGAUAAAGUAGGAUGGCACUGUUUCUAAACAUUUACAGAACAGAAAUGGUUGUACAUAAUACGUCAUCUACAACCCUAUCACCUCUGUUUGUACAUAAUUGGUCAUCUACAGUUUAACCCCAUCCCCUCAAGCCUCACUAAACAUGAAUACACAGGCCACACCCCCCCCAUGACCCAGAACAAGGUCGGGCCACGUUGGUUAUGUUAUCUCUUUAUUCUGCUGUUUUGCUUUACUCAGUAUUUUCCAGGGUUCACUGCCUAUUCAGGAAGGAAACUGAACUUUUCCAUUCCAAUAUCCUGUUGUCCUCAAUGCCUGUCUAUACGAGGGGUUAGGAUCUGAUUGGUAGACGUGCAGAAACAUACAAUGUGAUGUCAUACAAUAUUUACAAAUGUUUUCAGUUUAAUUGACUGAAAGGGAAAUGGGAUUAACCCUUUCCUUACCUCUGUCCCCAUCCGUCCCCUAUGUCCAGUUGGCCCGGGGGGGCGACGUUCCCCAGCUGGAGGCGUUGGUGAGGAGGAACCCAGCGGUACUGAGGGAACAGGAUGACUCCGGUGCCUCCCUGCUCCACCACGCUGCUGGUGCAGGAAACAUCCCUGUUAUCAGGUUCAUCUGCAGCAACACACACAGAGGUGGUGAGGCUCCCGCUCAGCGCCAAGUCAUUCCAGAGGUCUACAUCCCAAAUGACACCCUGUUCCCUAUAUAGUGCACUACUUUUGACCAGGGCCCAUAGGAUUCACCCUAUAACAUGGUUGUUCAAAUGAGUUCUUUUAGAUUUUGUAUUUUUUUAAUAUUGCGUAUCCUUUUCCUCUGCUUACUUUUUUUUGUGCGUGUGUGUGUGUGUGUGUGUGUGUGUGUGUGUGUGUGUGUGUGUGUGUGUGUGUGUGUGUGUGUGUGUGUUUGUGUGUGCACGGUCAUUGUACGUGCGUGUUUGUGUGUGCACGGUCAUUGUACGUGCGUGUUUGUGUGUGCACGGUCAUUGUGAGUGUGUGUUUGUGUGUGCACGGUCAUUGUACGUGCGUGUUUGUGUGUGCACGGUCAUUGUGCGUGUGUGUUUGUGUGUGCACGGUCAUUGUACGUGUGUGUUUGUGUGUGCACGGUCAUUGUGUGUGUGUGUUUGUGUGUGCACGGUCAUUGUUUGUGUGUGUUUGUGUGUGCACGGUCAUUGUGCGUGUGUGUUUGUGUGUGCACGGUCAUUGUGUGUGUUUGUUUGUGUGUGCACGGUCAUUGUGUGUGUUUGUGUGUGUGCACGGUCAUUGUGUGUGUUUGUGUGUGUGUGCACGGUCAUUGUGUGUGUUUGUGUGUGUGUGCACGGUCAUUGUGUGUGUUUGUGUGUGUGUGCACGGUCAUUGUGCGUGUGAGUUUGUGUGUGCACGGUCAUUGUGCGUGUGUGUUUGUGUGUGUCUGUUUAUCCGAUGACGUCCUUCCUCUGUCUUCUCUCCCCAGAGGGGAACCUGUACGAUGACGAGGGGUCUAUGCCGCUGCACUGGGCUGUGGAGAGGAACCAAUCAGAGAGCUGCAGGGCUCUGUUAGAGCUGGGGGCCGAACCCAACGUCCUCAACAAGGCCCUGAUGUCUCCGCUACACCUGGCGGUCAGCCACCAUCACAACCACCUGGUUGAGGUGAGACACCGUGAGCCUUACUUGGCCCUUACCGACCCCAACCAAAACCCUACUGCUUUACCACGGCCCAUACUGCUUUACUACGGCCCAUACUGCUUUACCACGACCCAUACUGCUUUACCACGGCCCAUACUGCUUUACUACGGCCCAUACUGCUUUACCACGACCCAUAUUGCUUUACCACGACCCAUACUGUACCUGCCCUUGUGUCUUGUGUCUCUCACACAACCACCUGGUUGAGGUGAGACACUGUGACCCUUAGCUCCCCCCUGUAACCCCUCUCUUGUCCUGAACAGCCUUGGGUCUCUCCUACAUCUGGUUGUUGGACACAUUUUCGGAAUACUAAACAACUACUGAUUUAGAACCACGGAGAGUUACUGCAAGUCGCAAAGAAAAACAGGAGCUGCCUCCAUUAUUCCAGCACCAUUUCAACUUCAACAUUUCAACAUCAUCUAAUCAGCCAUGCUUAGUCUAAUACAGUGAUAAGUGAAAGAUACCAGAAAUGAUUUAGUCCAAUCAACGUUAGCGGAAUGUGAUGUGGCUGUCCUUGGUAGCCUACUGAUUGCUCUGUGUGUGAGUGUGUGUGUGUGUGUGAGUGUGUGUGUGUGUGUGUGUGUGUGUGUGUGUGUGUGUGUGUGUGUGUGUGUGUGUGUGUGUGUCUGAGUGUGUGUGAGUGUGUGUGAGUGUGUGUGAGUGUGUGUUUGUGUCUCUGUGUGUCUGUGUGUGUGUGUGUGUGUGUGUGUGUGUGUGUGUGUGUGUGUGUGUGUGUGUGUGUGUGUGUGUGUGUGUGUGUGUGUGUCUGAGUGUGUGUGAGUGUGUGUGAGUGUGUGUUUGUGUCUGUGUGUGUGUGUGUGUGUGUCUGAGUGUGUGUGAGUGUGUGUGAGUGUGUGUUUGUGUCUGUGUGUGUGUGUGUGUCUGUGUGUGUGUGUGUGUGUCUGUGUGUGUGUGCGUCUGUGUGUCUGUGUGUGCGUGUGUGCGUCUGUGUGUGCGUCUGUGUGUGCGUGCAUGCCAGGGGCCAAGUCCAAAUCCCUAUUGCCAUUUUAGCUAGCUAGCUAGCCACCGGAGGACAAUGACACAACGAGAUGCAACAAUUCAAAAAAAAUGUCUGUCAAUGACAUUUGGCUUCUGAUGUAAUAUGAUGGCAGUGAAUCCAAAAUCCAAAAUUGCCUUCCCUUGACACUUUUUAUUGGUGCACCACGACCAUUCACAGUUGCGCUCACUCAGUUUAGCUCAACGCUGAUUGGCUGUUAUUGAAUCAAACAGAUGGGCUACACAUACUGAGACAGAGGGGGGGCGCUGUUUCGUUCACUCGGAUGCUUUCCCCGGUGAGACACAUUCAGCCUCUUGCAAAUUGAAGGAAAUGUAUGAAAUACAGAGCGACGAAAUGACCAUUAUUUGUAUGUGUUUUUAUUUUUGGGGGGGACAUUUUUUUUGGAGGAAGCCUGGCUUCCCUUUGCAUCCAUGAAUACACGCCACUGAUUUUAAUAGUAAUGUUAAAUGAUACACAUUGGCUGUUGCCUCCCAUUUAAGUUUAUUGUGAUGAUAAUGAUGUUUGUUUUUGAUGAUAAUUAUUAGAUGGAGGUCGAUAGCUACAAUGAUAUCUUCAACCUAGCCUUUGCUAUAAAGUUAGAGAAAGAAAUUGAGGAAAAAGUAGCUAAGCAAAACAGUCUGUCCUCCAUCUUUGCUUUACAAACACUACACCUCCGUGAUGAAAUACGUCAAGAUGUAAACAAGGCAUAAUGUUCAAAACAAACAAGUGGGAACUCAGAACUGGGAACUUGGAAAUCUCUGACUUCCCACUUCAGUGCGUUCAAGACAACUGGGAACUCGGGGAAAAAACGAGCUCCGACUGGGAAAAAUAGUUUUGAAUGGUCAUCCAAUUCGAAAUUCCAACCCGGGCCUCUUUCUAGAGCUUUCCGACCUGAAGAUCACUGACGUCAUGAUUUGACCUAGUAUUUUUCAGAGUUCCCAGUUGUCUUGAAAGCACCAUAUGACCAGGGCCCAUAUCCACAAAGCAUCUCUGAAAAUGUCUUAGAAAUCCUUUUAAAACCUGUUUCAAGACAACAACAAAAACUCCCAGCUCAGAGUAGGUUUUAGGAUGAUGUUAAAUACACUGCUCAGACAAACUCUGAGCCAGGAGUAAAAUCAACUCAUAAAAGUAUAUCUCAGCUGGUAAUCAGGACAGUUUCAGGUUCCGUAAAGGAAAGAUAGUGCUGAUGUUUAUUGACAUUGUUGUAAAUUGGGGAAUAACCAGUCGCGAUGAGGCAUCGCCAGCUGUGAACCCUCUAGCCUGCGUUGCUUCAGACAACCACAGUGAAUGUGACUGUACAUAAAAUGUUUCAAUGGUAAAACCUUUUGAUAUAAUUUCAUCUGACACCAUCACUUUACCUACUCUUAGUUAUUGGCUAAUAUGUUGGCAUGCAUUACCUUUUUUUUUUUUUUUUUUUUUACCAAUUACGAUGGUUGUUAAAAGCGGAAUUUUGACAAUAGAUACUGUCUAGAUUAUUUAUUGAGUGAUCAUAUAGAAAUAUCCAAACAUGAUUUUAGCAACUCCAAAGCAAUUGCAUAAGGCGCAGGAACCACUGAUUCGCUGCAUUUUUCUAAUACAGUUGUGGCCUUAAGUAACCAUCUGUCUUAUGGAACCGUACCAAACGUAACAUAUCAUGCUAAUUUGAUGUUCCAGAUUUACAUUUACUAUGUUACGUCUAGUCUAUGAGACCAGGGUGCAAUGAUGUAAAUCAGUUUUGUUUGAUGUUUUUUUCUGCAUUGCAUAAUAUGCAGUAGACUAUGUAUUGCAUAACGGCACCAUCAUUUUUUUAUUUCAGGUUAUUUUGUCUCUGGCUUAGGCUCAUAUAUAGGCCUAUGCAUAUGCAUUAGUGUUUUUUAAUUAAUAAUCACCUUAGAAAGUGCUGUACAUUUCAUUGUGUUAGACUUUGAAACAACAUCCACAAAGACCAUAUUUUACACUCAGUUUCAACCUGUUGUUGAACUCUCUUUCUUCAAAUUGAUCAAUCACAGCGAGGUGAGUUUUAAAAGCACGAUACUGUUUUGAUGAUAAGUGUUUGAUGUGAUUUUUGAUUGCAUUUGCAUUGAUGUCAGAGUGGUUAGAGGGACAAUAGAGCCCUGAGUACCUGGUCAUUAGCGACCUGAUGGUUAGAGGGGCAAUAGAGCCCUGAGUACCAGGCCAUUAGGACCUGAUGGUUAGAGGGCCAAUAGAGCCCUGAGUACCAGGCCAUUAGGACCUGAUGGUUAGAGGGACAAUAGAGCCCUGAGUACCAGGCCAUUAGGACAUGAUGGUUAGAGGGACAAUAGAGCCCUGAGUACCAGGCCAUUAGGACCUGAUGGUUAGAGGGACAAUAGAGCCCUGAGUACCAGGCCAUUAGGACCUGAUGGUUAGAGGGCCAAUAGAGCCCUGAGUACCAGGCCAUUAGGACCUGAAGGUCGUUAUCAGUUGGAUACUACCAACGCAUGUCCAGAGUGCGUAAGAGGAGAAUUUUACUGCGGUCACAUGACUGCCCGUGUGGCGGUAACACGGUCACCACAACAGCCCUACUUACGAUCAAUUUUCUACUCUGAGAUGCUUUGUGGAUAUGGGCUCAGCUUUCAGUCUGUCUUUAAAUAUCCCCACCAGCACUUUAUCCCCACCAGCACUUUAUCCCCACCAGCGCUUUAUCCCCACCAGCGCUUUAUCCCCACCAGCACUUUAUCCCCACCAGCACUUUAUCCCCACCAGCACUUUAUCCCCACCAGCGCUUUAUCCCCACCAGCGCUGCCUGAAAUUGCCACUUUGGCGCAUGUUUUUAAGGACACACCUCAGAUAUUGCCCCUCCCACCUCAGAUAUUGCCCCUCCCACCUCAGAUAUUGCCACCCCUCCCACCUCAGAUAUUGCCACCCCUCCCACCUCAGAUAUUGCCACCCCUCCCACCUCAGAUAUUGCCACCCCUCCCACCUCAGAUAUUGCCACCCCUCCCACCUCAGAUAUUGCCACCCCUCCCACCUCAGAUAUUGCCACCCCUCCCACCUCAGAUAUUGCCACCCCUCCCACCUCAGAUAUUGCCCCUCCCACCUCAGCACAAGGAGCUCAUAUACGAAGC